CACGUCCUUUGCCAAGCCAACAGCGCGUGACUACCUAAAAGAAUACAAACUCCUCCAUACGUCGCCGUUUUUGAAGAACUAUUCUUGAAGUAUUCGGACUGUAUACGUCGUCUCCACCGCUGUCAGUCAAAGCCAAACCCACUCUCCACCAACAACAAUUCCCGGAAAAAUACCAAAAGCAACAAAAAAUUUGGGGAGAGAGAAGCGAGAGAAAAUCCGAAAGCCCAAACCAUGUCGUCUCUCGCAGCCAUUCUCGCCCUCUUCGUCAUCCUAUCCCCAUUCGCUACGUCAUCAACGGCCGCCGCUGGCAACGAUGACUCACGGUCGGCGUACGAUAUCAUCCAAGACUUUGACUUCCCGAUGGGUCUGCUCCCGAAGGGCGUCACUGGUUACGAACUAGACCGAAGCAACGGUCAAUUCCGAGCUUAUUUGAACGGUUCCUGCAGUUUCGCAUUGGAAGGGUCGUACCAGCUCAAGUAUAAGUCCACCAUCAGUGGCUCUAUCUCCAAGAACAAGCUCUCUGGGCUCACUGGGGUUAGCGUCAAGGUCUUGUUCUUGUGGCUCAACAUCGUCGAGGUCACUCGGAGCGGCGACAAUCUUGAAUUCUCUGUGGGGAUCGCUUCUGCUGCGUUUCCGAUUGACAACUUUUACGAGUGCCCACAGUGCGGGUGUGGAUUGGAUUGCGUCAAUGGGCAAGUAAGGAAAAUUAAAAUGAACCCUCUUGUUUCUUCAAUUUGAAAAGAAAUUGGGUUUGUAUGGGGAUGUUUUUAUGGAUUUGGAGUGAUGGUUAGUGUCUGUUUACAUUUAAUUUCUUAAAGAUGCUAAAUUUUAUGGUUUUUAAUAAUUCUUGUAGUUGUGUUUGUUACAUGUUUUGUUAUGGAAAAUGAAUCAAGAUAUUGAUUGUGAUUCUGAGGAGGAAUAAACGAGAGAUCAAAUUAAUGUGUA